GCCUGCUCUGGGCUGGGGUAUCACGACUGCAAAUCCUAGAGGCUUACCGGGACCUUGAGAGAGGAUGGUCACGUCUGCCUAACACAGACCUUGUCAGUGCCAAUGUUAUUUUCGUUAAAUUUAGACUCAACAUUAAAGCUAAGUUCAGACAGGUGGAAGAACUAGCCAACACGAACAUCACGCAGAUGCCAGUGCUGACGGGCAGGAACCCGCCGGAACUGGGCCAUCAACGAGUGGAUCGCCUCGGUGACCCGGGGCAAGGUCAUGGACGUUCUGGAGCCUGGGGCCAUCACCCCCUACACCAGCCUUGAUGCUGGUCAACGCCAUGGUUCCUCAACGUCCAGUGGAAGCACAAGUUCCAGGAAGGUCUGACCGUGGACAUGCCGUUCAACACUUCCGGUGCUGGUGUUAAGAUGGUGCCUAGUAUGCGGCAAUCUAAAGUGUUCAGGUACGCCAACCACUACGACACGGAGGUUGUGGAGCUGAUGUUUGAGGGGGACGUCCUCGCUAUGUACGUCCUCCUCCCCGGGGUCAACUCCAGCCUCGUCCAGCUGCUAGAAUUCCUGAACGACACCCAGGGCCACCCCAUCCACCCCCUGGAGUCGUUGCUGGACGACCUUGAAGAGAAGUACGUGGCGCUCACACUGCCCAGGUUCACCAUAGAGACGGGCAGUGUAGACCUGGUAGAGCCGCUCACAAGCUUAGGACUGAGGAAACUUUUUGAUCCUGUCCUGGCUGAUUUUUCACGCAUCAGUGACGCCAACAUGCACGUGCAGAGUGUCAAGCAGAAGUCGUACAUUCAGGUCAACGAGGACGGGUGUGUGGCGGCGGCCGUCACGGUCGUCGGGAAGGCUUUGAUCGGUGGCCUCAGUGGUGAGGUCUGGCUGGACGUCAACAGGCCGUUCCUGUUCAUCAUCCGGGACACCAAUGUCAAGGCCACCCUCUUUAUGGGGGCUUUCCUGGGGCAGACGCGAUCAGACACAUUCCAAACAAAAUGAGCACCAGAGACUGUUAUCAUCUAGGACACCAAUGUCAAGGUCAGACACAUUCCAAACAAAAUGAGCACCAGAGACUGUUAUCAUCUAGGACACCAAUGUCAAGGUCAGACACAUUCCAAACAAAAUGAGCACCCGAGACUGUUAUCAUCUAGGACACCAAUGUCAAGGUCAGACACAUUCCAAACAAAAUGAGCACCAGAGACUGUU